UGUUGAGCAGAUUACCAUUGAUCAGACCCAAUGAGUGGCUUCAUUCAAUGCAGUUGCAGCUGGACGAAAACAGUCUUUGAGUGCGUCUCGAUCGGUCCGAAGUGCCGUUGUAUUUCAAGUCGUUUUGUAAAGUAAAAUUAUUGACAAUGCCAAUAAAAACGUACACCAGAGAGGGGGACGGUCGCUUCAUUUCAUAUCCCUGUGUCAGGGCUUUACUCUUACUUUUCAAUGUGGCUUUUUGGUUAUCUGGAUUGUCGCUAAUAUGGAUUGGUGUUUGGCUGCAGACAGACUACGAGAAAUAUGUGAAGAUCAAUCCUUCGUAUUCGGAUAUUGCACCCCUGAUUCUCAUUAUCAUUGGCGCCAUUAUUGUCUUUGUCAGUUCCCUUGCCUGUUCCUGCAUUGUGAAGAUCGACUCGGCCAUGCUGGUGUUCUAUGGCGGCUUUCUGAUAAUGGCACUGUUUUCGUUAAUCUCGCUUUCAAUUUAUGUCCACACCUACAAGGGCGAAUUAUUGGAUGGGGUGUCCGAUGCCAUUUCGAAGGAGAUUAAAACCUACAACGAUGAAAGAAAUACAACAGCAAGCAUGGACUUGAUUCAAAAGAAUUUACAUUGUUGUGGCAAUGAUAGUUUCCUGGAUUGGCCACAACCAUCUGUGCCGAAUUCCUGCUACAAACGCCAUCGCCUCGAAGCGACAAGAGUUGACGCUAGCAGGCUUUAUGAAGUGGGAUGUUUUUACAAGUUGAGAAGUUCCAUCAAUGACAAAUUCACAACGAUUGGAGUGUCGACGUCGGUAAUAGCGCUUUUUCCUUUCUUCGGUUCACUGUUGUCCUUUGGCCUCUCCAUGAUGCAUCAAAAAGGAGGCUAUGAAAUAAUUAUUUGAUAAGACUUACUUAAAAAAAAAAACAACAAAACAUUUUAAUAAAACAAUGCCAAAUGUA